UAGCCCAGGGGCGGGCCCGCGCUCGCCGCGCCACCGAUCUCCGGGCGAUUGCUUCUGUCUGGUGUUUAGGUAUGGUGCGCGAGAGGCGCCUCGGAAGCGAUCGGAGCCCAGGCUGGAGUUUGGCUGGUUACUGAAAGUUGCCCCGGUGCCGAGCGGGCUAUGGGCGAGCCCGACCCCUUGGUCUCGGGGCAGCUCGCGGCCCGCCGGAGCUGGUGCUUGCGGCGGCUGGGGAUGGACCGCGAGUGGCUACAGCUGGAGGCUGGGAGUGAGGUGACCAUAGGACGGGGAUUCAGUGUCACGUACCAGCUGAUCUCAAAGGUGUGCCCUCUGAUGAUUUCUCGAAACCACUGCGUUCUGAAGCAGAAUCCUGAGGGACAAUGGACGAUUAUGGACAAUAAGAGUCUGAAUGGUGUUUGGCUGAACAGAGAGCGUCUGGCGCCGUUACAGGGUUACUGCAUCCGUAAGGGAGACCACAUCCAGCUCGGAGUGCCUCUGGAAAGCAAGGAGCAUGCGGAGUACGAAUACGAAGUUAUCGAAGAAGACCGGGAGAGUCUGGCUCCCUGCCUUGCCCCCAAGAAUGACCACACAACGGAAAAACAUAAAGGCUUGAGAACUAAGAGGAAGUUCAGUUCGGAUGGGGUAGAGAGUCUUCCAGCCGAGGGCCCCUCAGAUCUCAGGUGCCCACUGGCUAAAGGCUCCAGUAAACCCGCUGAGCCAGAGAAGUUACACGGCAAAGGUGAAGCGGCAAGUCAGCCCUUGGGAUGUUUGUGCCCUACCUUGGCGUCUCUUGAGGCGAGUGAGAGGACCGCGGGGCCUCAUGCUUGCUCUACUCUUCCUAAGGUCCUCGAACUCUAUCCUAAGAAGCAGAAGGCCUGCAGCCCAUCAGCAUCUCAGAGCAGCUUAGAACUGUUUAAGAUGACCAUGUCCAGGAUGCUCAAGCUGAAAACCCAGAUGCAAGAAAAGCAGAUUGCUGUCCUGAACGUCAAGAGGCAGGCCCGGAAGGGGAGCUCAAAGAAAGUCGUGAGGAUGGAGAAGGAGCUGCGAGACCUACAGUCCCAGCUGUACGCAGAGCAGGCUCAGCAGCAGGCAAGAGUGGAGCAGCUGGAGAAGACGUUCCAGGAGGAGGAGCAGCACCUCCAGGGUUUGGAGAAAGAGCAAGGAGAGUGUGAUCUGAAGCAACAGCUGCUGCAGGCUCUGCAGGAGCAUCGCGCUCUAAUGGAAGAACUAGAUCGCAGCAAGAAGGACUUUGAGAAAAUCAUUCAAGCCAAGAACAAAGAAUUGGAGCGGACCAAGGAAGAAAAGGACAAGGUCCAAGCACAGAAGGAGGAAGUUCUCAGCCACAUGAACGACGUGCUGGAGAACGAGCUCCAGUGCAUCAUCUGCUCAGAGUACUUCAUCGAGGCUGUCACCCUGAACUGUGCCCACAGUUUCUGCUCCUUCUGCAUCAGUGAGUGGAUGAAGCGGAAAGUGGAGUGUCCCAUCUGUCGGAAGGACAUUGAGUCCAGAACCAACUCGCUGGUUCUGGACAACUGCAUCAGUAAGAUGGUGGAACGCCUGAGCUCAGACGUGAAGGAGAGGAGAAGCGUCCUCAUUAGGGAACGAAGAGACCUGUCUCCCUGCAGACUGACCCACCCAUGGGAGUGCGUGCUUCCGUCCGCAGUAAGACAGUAGCAUCUCGGGAACUGUCGGAGAAUGGGCUGUCUUGUGGUGGUCGGCUCUGGGGCUCCGUGGACAGUAUGAACUCAUGGCCCAGAAAGCACCCACACCUCAGACUUCUUUGAGUCUGCAGCCCUUGAGAUUGCAGAAGCUGCCUUGUGCACAGAGGUACAAGGGCUGUCCCUGACGCAGUGACCUAUGGUGAGAGGUCUUUGCCGUGUCAGCAGAAGCUGCCAUCUGCUCGGAAGCACGAAGGAGAGCUUUCCCUGCUGAGAAGAUCAGCCUCCCCAAGUGCCGUCACCCUCUUCCGUCCCUAGACAGUCAGGAGAACCAGUGUUCAAUUAAGGGCCGUGGGAUGGCCUUGAAUAUAGGUCAGCUCACGUGUAAGUGUAGACGGUGCACGGCCUAAUGCGGGGGACGGUGACUCCCGAGCCUGCCCUGCUUCAGAGCGAAGACUUGCCCACUGGCUCAAGUGGGAUCCUCUUGCUGCUGGGGCAAUACCAUCAGCCCACAACCCAGCCUCCACCAGGACCAAGGUGGACAGGAAUGUGAGGGGGUGAAACACAGGCUCCUCCUUCACAUAUCUGUCUUUCUUUUUAAAGCAAAGAGACUGUUAUGAAGGUCAUGCUCCAAGGACAUGUGAGAGACUAGGAGGAUGGCAGCUUGGCGCGUUCUAGAGGAUUCCCUUUGGCUGCUCUGGACAUCAUCGGAAGCCGUGUGCUGCAGAGACUUAGGAAGUCUGUGUCACUGGCCUUCUGUCUGCUGGCCCUGCUGCUGACAUCACCGUCUACAGUGCUGCUGGGACACCCACUUGGAGUGACUGCCUCACUACGUGUUAAAUGAGUUGAGUUCUGUGUUUCUUCAUUUGUUGAUUGUUUUUGAUACCUCAUGCACCCUGUUGACAUCGCCUUGGACACUUGGGUGCGCCCUAUGGCUGCAUGGAAGGUGGCCUGCAUUUUGAGAGUCUGGUUUACCUUUUAAUGAAAACAAGAUGUCAUUUCUUGGAAAUAAAUAUAUAAAACCCGCCAGUUGCUCA